UCCACCUCCCUGCCAGCCUCCUCUCUGUUCACACAGGCUUUUGCAGCCUCCUGGUUGCCUCAGUUCUAAGAGGAGUCAGAGUGGAGUGAGCAAUCUCCUUUGUAGUUUCAGGAGCAGUUUUGUUGCUAUGGAGGCCACAUUCUGAUUUGAGGAGUAUAAAGGUAACCAUUCGCGUUUAGUUUCAAAGAUCUGCCCAAAAGAUAGUCUGUGGCUCUUCUUCUGGAAAAGCCUGAUUGGUAGGAUUCCUUCAAGUAUUCUGCCCAAAGUGCUUCAUCCCAUCCCCUCACUAAUAUCAAAACUAAAGCUUGUCAAGAGCCUCUGGAGGGAAACCGGCCACCUCCUUCCAUCAUUUCCCACAAAUGGCUGAUCCUGGAGGUGGUGCUGUUUGCAAUGGAUCUGUUGACAUCCAGAGUGACUGUCCCAAUGAAAACUGCCAGAGAAACGGGAUCGUGAAAGAAGCCCAGCAAAAUGGAAAUUCAAAUUUCUAUAAGCCAAUUGUUGAAUCCUUUGAGGAAGCGCCCCUUCAUGCUAUGGUAUUCACUUACUUGGGAUAUGGAAUUGCAACGCUGUUUGGCUAUCUCAGAGAUUUUUUGAGAAACUGGGGAAUAGAAAAAUGCAACGCAGCCGUAGAGCGAGAAGAACAAAAGGAUUUUGUGCCGCUGUAUCAAAACUUUGAGAAUUUUUAUACACGGAAUCUUUACAUGAGAAUUAGAGACAACUGGAACCGGCCCAUCUGCAGUAACCCGGGGGCUCUGUUUGAUGUGAUGGAGAGGGUGUCAGAUGACUACAACUGGACAUUUAGGUCUACUGGAAGAAUCAUUAAAGAUGUCAUCAACAUGGGUUCUUAUAACUUCCUUGGCCUGGCAGCUAAGUACGAUGAAUCCAUGAGGACAGUAAAGGAUGUUUUAGAGACCUAUGGCACAGGUGUGGGCAGCACCAGACAGGAAAUGGGAACCUUGGAUAAACAUAAAGAAUUGGAGGACCUUGUGGCCAAGUUCCUGAAUGUAGAAGCUGCUAUGGUCUUUGGGAUGGGAUUUGCAACCAACUCAAUGAAUAUCCCUGCUCUUGUUGGAAAGGGAUGUCUCAUUUUAAGCGAUGAGUUAAACCACGCAUCUCUUGUGCUUGGGGCCCGACUCUCAGGUGCAACCAUAAGGAUCUUCAAACACAACAACGUUCAAAGCUUAGAGAAGCUCCUGAGAGAUGCUAUCAUCUAUGGCCAGCCUCGAACCCGCAGAGCUUGGAAAAAGAUUCUCAUCCUAGUGGAGGGCAUCUACAGCAUGGAAGGUUCCAUCGUGUAUCUGCCCCAGAUCGUGGCUCUAAAGAAGAAAUACAAGGCUUACCUCUACAUAGAUGAAGCUCACAGUAUUGGGUCCCUGGGCCCCACCGGCCGAGGUGUGGUGGAAUUCUUUGGAAUGGACCCCAGAGAUGUCGAUGUGUGCAUGGGCACUUUCACCAAAAGCUUUGGAGCCUCGGGGGGCUACUUAGCUGGAAGAAAGGACCUUGUGGAUUAUUUACGAGCUCACUCACACAGUGCUGCUUAUGCUACAUCCAUGAGCCCUCCAGUAGCAGAGCAAAUCAUCAGAUCGAUGAAAUUAAUCAUGGGACUGGAUGGGACCACGCAAGGGUUGCAGAGAGUACAACAACUUGCAAAAAACACAAGAUACUUCAGACAGAGACUGAGCCAACUGGGAUUCAUCAUCUAUGGCAAUGAGGCAUCUCCUGUUGUCCCCCUGCUCCUUUACAUGCCUGCUAAAGUGGCGGCUUUUGCAAGGCAUCUAUUGAAUAGAUAUAAAAUUGGUGUGGUGGUCGUUGGAUUUCCAGCCACUCCCCUCGCGGAAGCCCGGGCUCGGUUUUGCAUUUCAGCGACACAUACACGGGAGAUGUUAGACAAGGUUUUGGAAGCCCUGGAUGAAAUAGGUGAUCUCCUGCAUGUGAAAUAUUCCCGGCACAGGAAGUCAGCACGCCCUGAACUCUAUGACGAGUCAAGCUUUGAACUUGAGGACUGAGUCUCCUGGUCCUGAAAUGGAACCUCCAAACCCUGCCAGAAAGACCUCCCUCUUUGCCUCGGAAGGCCGAUAAAUGGAUUUCUCCUCCUUUCUAAGAACAGUUUUUGUUUCCAAACCAGCUUCAUUGGACCAAGGGAGACACAGUCAUUGUUGUGUUUUUAGUGUCUCUGCAGAGACAAAACUAUGGUUUCAGGAGAUUAAUGUUCUCCUCUUCCUGCUACAAAUGCACGCACUUCUUAGAAAAAGUUUAAUGCCAAAGAGCCUGUGUCUUAGCUGCUACUGUGCAGUCUCUUUGGUCCAGACCCUUUCAGGAGUUCCAACCAAAUGAGAGGGUUAAGUGUUUUAAUUUAGUAGAUCUCACAAUGUGUUUACUUAUUUCCUCUGCAGACAGGGGCAAGGGUGGUAGGCAGGAGCUAAACUCUUUAUUACCCAGGAAAACACCAGCUAGAACGCAUCAGGGAAAUUUCCAGGCAGGAGGGUAAAAAAAUGUUGCUUCUACCACUUGCCACAUUUGGGCUUUUUCCAAGGACAAGUGUCAAGAACCAUGGUUAAUGUUUCAAGGGAGAGAGCCGACCUGACCAGCAUCAACCAAAGACAUCUUUAAAGGAAACUUUCCUUUUCCUCUUGCUGGUCUCCUACAGUUUUAUAGCUGCGCUUUUGAGGUUUGGAAAAUUCAAGACUUUUGUUUCAUCAGGAAGGGGGCAGAAGGCAAGCCAGCCAAUUGUAGGCCUAGACUAAAACUGUAAAUUAUAACAACUUGAACGCCAUUGGUGCCGUGUGGAGUGAAUGGUUAGUGUGCAUACCUUUAACUAAUUUAAGGAGUGAUUGUCAUUUCCUAUUGAAUUUGGAGUAAAUGGUGAAAUUCAAACUCCUUGAGCGUUGACUCCCAAGACUACCCUUGAAGAACAGACUGAUUCCAAAAUGACAUUUAAAAGUAAAUGUUAUUCAACUUUUCAAUUUGGACACACACCCCCCCACCUUCAGAUCUAUUAACUAGUACUGUCAUUUGGCAUAAGCCCUCCGACUAGGUGCUAAGAAGGCUUAUACACUAUUGGGCAAUUAACUGUAAUUUACUUGAGUUCUCUUUGUCUCUGGAUGUCUGUCUGCCUAUUGGUCUGUCUGUUUCUCUCUUUCUCGCUAAAUGUGAACACACACUUCUCUGUAAAUUAGCCCUUUGCUAAUUGGAUCUAGUUAGUAUGGAAAAAGCCCGUGGAAAACGUUAUCUUUAACAAGCUCCCAGAUGGUGCCCAGAUUGGGAAACUCUAAAAAGCAGGGGUGACCUUUCAGCAAAGCUUCUGUAAUAGUUCGAAUGAGUUACAGAACAUUCCACUCCAUCAAAUGACACUAUAAACAAAUCACUUCAAGAGAGGCUUGACUUUGCAUGACACAGAUGGACCCAGGCUUUCAUGUUGUGCCCUGAGAUAGAAACUCUACUCACAGCCUCAGUGUUGGAUGGAGCAGUGGGCCCAGAUGCUCAGAGCUUAUUAAGGGCUAAAGGUAAUCAGUGUGCAAAACUUUUUAUGGGGAAAUUAUAACCCCCAGUAGAUACAUCACUUUAAAAGCGGAUCACAUGUUAAAGUUCCUCAUGAACAUUUGCAAGGAGUCCUACAAGCAGAAGAGGAGAGGAGGUGGGUUCUGAAAAUGCAGUGGCCCCAUCCAGUGACUGAUUUUGAUAACUAAAUUCCAAAAGGGACUAAAUUCCAACUCUUCUCAGUGAACAGGUGCAGGAUUCCUUGUGCAAAAGAAAAUUUAUGUUCUAUAAAUGUGCAAAGAAAUAAAAGACAAAUAGGCCUUUUCUCUUGAAAAUUGUACAUUUAAAUGACAUUGAUCUUAGUUAAUUGUCCAAAAUGCAUCUUCAUCAAGAUCUCAGAGGCCUAGGUGAUUUAUUACAUUCUCAACUCAACAAAGGCUAAAAGACCUGUCUCUGUCAGAGAGCCUGUGUUGAAUGUAUACACUUAUGAGAAGAACUGAAAUCCAAGCGAAAUAUUUCCUGAGGGGCACAGGUUCCAAAGGGUUGGUUAUAUAAGAAUAUAUGUCAUGUAGAAUGAAGUUGGUUAAGAGGGUGCUUGUGAGAAUUUUUAAUUUUUAUACAAAAAAAAAAUCUAUUGCUAGGUUAGUAAAAACCAUGAUUUCAAUUGAAUAGGGAUUACCGGGCUUCAAUAACUAUACCAGAGCCAAAAAUAUCCCUUUGGUUGGUUCUGUUUGGAAAGAUGAUUUUCUAAAUGAACUAUAGUGUUAUGCAUGCCCAAACCUCCCAACUGCAAUGCUAGUGUGUGUGUGCACACAUGCAUACUUCCCCUUCCUUUACAGAGCAAGCAGGAGUAUAAAGGUACGGAGAUGAGAAUCUGCUUGACUGAUGGAUAGAUGGAAGAUGUUGUUUCUAAAAAUGACCUUCAGGGAAGCAGAAGAUAAGGGAUCCAGAUCUAUAUUUGUAAGGAGGAUAUAUUUGCAUAAUGAAAUGAUGCAGACAUCUUCCUAAUCUUAUGUGGUGCAGGUUCCUGACUGUUUGGCUGUAUUUGCCUUUCAGCAUGUUUUGGUUUGAGAGAGACCAUGGGCUUUAGAACUUUCAAGGAGGCUUUUUAAAAUGCAGAUCCCUGGGCCCACAUCAGACCUCCAGUGAAUCAGAAUAGCUGCACUGCCACUGCCGGGAAGCUGCAUUUUAAUCAGCUUUCCUAGAGGAUUCUAAUCCAGGUCAGAAUUUGAGAACCACUAUUGGAACUUCUGUUUUGGUAGGUGGGUCAGCUCCAAUAACAGGCCAGGAAGUUUGUCCUGAUUCUCUGUUGAUAGCUAAGGGUAUUUAUACUACUAAAAUAAAAUGAAUUAUUCCAAACUUUUCAAUGGGACAUUUUGUUCCCAUUUUCUUCUUCUCUUUCUACCAAAAUGGAUCCAAUAUUGCAGAAUAAUCUGCUACUCGUUUAGACAAAAUUUUCCCAUCUCCACUUCUUCUGUGUUUCAUUUCCUACAAGAUGUUCCCUUUCCUUUUUGUGACCUUGUUCCAUUGAAUGUAGCAUCUUGUUUAUUUUUUUUCUUCCUACUCCUUCAAACCCCUUAAAAAACUUCAACCUCUGAUUAUUUAUUUAUUCCAACAACAGCUCUUGAACAAGGUGAAAGUCUUAUUUGUUCUUCAAACAUGCAGUGCUCCUCUGUAUGUUUCUUCAGUGAUAAGAUAUUAUAAACAGGUUUACUCUGAAUUAAAAGUUCUGAUGAAGAAACCUUAGCUCUUUUAAAUAUAUGCUUUGAUUUAUGGCAAUAAUAACAAUUGAAAUUUGAAUUUGUCUGAUGAUCUCUUGGCAAUUUUUCCUAGUCUUGGUGAGAACAACAUAUCUGAAAGACUGUUUUCUCAGAAUGCAACUGUGUAAUGUUUAGAAAACUAAGAGGAGUCUGUAUUUUAAAUGUUUGUAGGCAGUUAUUGUGGGACCUUGUGUUGUGUUUUGGUGUGUUGUGUGUGUGUGUGUGUAUGUGUGUGUUUCACUGAAACAUUUGAGUUGACUGAUUUCAUUUCAUUCUGCCUGUAAUAUGUUAGUUUCUUUAAUAAACAAAUCACUAAAA